AAAUCCCACUCAGAUCUCUCCCUUCUUCCCUCCAUCAACCAACUUCUUCCACCACUACCACCGCCACCGAAAUGGCCACCUAUGCGACCAACCUCCAUACUGCAUCUCUCAACAACAAACUCUCUUCCCUCUCUCUUUCCUCUAACAGCAAAUUUUCUUCCUUUUCGCUCACUGUCUGCCAACCUCGCCAUAAACCCCGCUGUAUAGUGCUCUCCGCCAACGUCGACGCUAAGCCCACUGUGCUGGUGGCGGAGAAGUUGGGAGAGGCUGGGCUUAAACUCCUAAAAGAAUUUGCUAACGUGGAUUGCUCUUAUAACCUCUCGCCUGAGGAGCUCUGCACCAAGAUCUCGCUUUGCGAUGCUCUGAUUGUAAGGAGCGGGACAAAAGUGAAUCGCGAAGUGUUUGAAUCUUCUAGUGGGAGAUUGAAAGUUGUUGGAAGAGCUGGUGUGGGAAUUGACAAUGUGGAUUUGGCUGCUGCGACGGAGCAUGGCUGCUUGGUCGUUAAUGCGCCUACUGCCAACACCGUCGCAGCUGCAGAGCAUGGGAUCGCGCUCUUGACUGCCAUGGCUAGGAAUGUUGCUCAAGCUGAUGCGUCUGUUAAGGCUGGGAAGUGGCAAAGGAACAAAUAUGUGGGUGUAUCACUUGUUGGGAAAAAACUGGCUGUUCUGGGUUUUGGAAAGGUUGGAUCGGAAGUUGCCCGGCGUGCCAAAGGUCUUGGUAUGCAUGUGGUUGCUUAUGAUCCAUAUGCCCCAGCAGACCGAGCUCGUGCAAUUGGGGUAGAUCUUGUGAGCUUUGAAGAAGCAUUGGCAACUGCAGACUUCAUUUCCUUGCACAUGCCUCUUACACCUUCUACAUCAAAGAUGCUUAAUGAUGAAACUUUUGCAAAGAUGAAGAAAGGAGUUAGAAUUAUAAAUGUUGCUCGUGGAGGAGUGAUUGAUGAAGAAGCUUUGGUGAAGGCAAUAGAUGCUGGAAUUGUUGCUCAGGCAGCACUUGAUGUUUUCGCUGAGGAGCCCCCACCAAAAGACAGCAAGUUGGUACAGCAUGAGAAGGUGACUGUAACUCCACAUCUUGGUGCUAGUACUGUGGAAGCUCAGGAAGGGGUGGCUAUUGAGAUAGCUGAAGCAGUUGUUGGAGCCUUGAAAGGUGAACUUGCUGCAACUGCCGUCAAUGCACCAAUGGUGCCUGCUGAGGUUAUAACAGAGCUGAAACCAUAUGUUUUGCUUGCUGAGAAACUUGGGAGGUUAGCUGUCCAGCUUGUAGCUGGAGGAAGUGGGGUGAAAAGUGUGAAAGUGUCUUAUGGCUCUGCUAGAGCUGCUGACGACCUCGACACUAGGCUGCUCCGUGCUAUGAUUACAAAGGGUUUGAUUGAGCCGAUAUCCAGUGUUUUUGUGAACCUUGUUAAUGCUGACUUCACUGCUAAACAAAGAGGAUUAAGAAUAACUGAAGAACGCAUUACUUUGGAUGGUUCACCUGAGAGUCCUCUUAACUUCAUUCAGGUUCAAAUUGCGAAUGUGGAAUCAAAAUUUGCCAGUGCCAUAUCAGAAACUGGAGAGAUUAAGGUUGAGGGACGAGUGAAGGAUGGAAUUCCCCAUUUAACCAAGAUUGGAUCUUUUGAGGUGGAUGUGAGCUUGGAAGGUAACCUUUUACUCUGCCGCCAGGUAGAUCAACCAGGAAUGAUCGGUAAGGUGGGCAGCAUAUUGGGAGAGGAGAAUGUGAAUGUGAGCUUCAUGAGCGUCGGAAGGAUUGCUCCACGAAAGCAAGCUGUUAUGGCAAUUGGAGUUGAUGAUCAACCCAAGAAAGAAAGUUUGAAAAGGAUUGGGGAUAUCCCAGCAAUUGAAGAGUUUGUCUUCCUUAAGUUGUAGUCUCACAUUUUCCCAUAUUCUUCAUAUUAUUAUUAUUUUUGCAGCUUUUCUUCUUAUGGGAAUGGGUAUCAUUCCCUCAUUGUAGUGCUAAAAUUCGAAUUUGAGUGCUGUGGUAGUCUUAGGGGGAGGGAAAAGAAAAAUCCUGCUUUCAGAUGAGAGUGUAUUCUGUACAACAUGUGCAGUUGGGUUGAUUGGGGUAUGUUAUUCCUUGUGGAUGUUCACUGAUCACACUUAUCAGAUGUAUCGCAAUAAAUCUAUUUCUUAGGAAUGUUA